AUGCGGCUCGAAAAAAACUUGCGCAAGGCCACAUGGGAACGGCUAGAUGACAUUGUUCGGCAAUGGAUAUAUGGUACGAUAUCGAAUGAUCUUCUCAACACGAUCAUUCAUCAGCAGGACACCGCAGUAUGCCGAGGCUUGGGACCGCCUUGUUCAUCUUUUCAGACAAAAUCGGCUAAGGCUCUCGCUUCUGAUGCAAAGUUCACCAACACCAAAUUGGUGGAUUUUCCGAAUGUGAAAGCAUACCGCACCAGGCUGAAAGUUCUUGCAGACAACCGCCAACGUCGGUCACAAAGCCCCGACCAACGACUUGUGCUUCGCCUCGCGAGGUAUGCGCCCACAGCUAUUGAUCAAGCUAUGCACACAAUGUCGUUGAAUCCGCCCGAUGACAAGAAUUGGUACAUGGACACCGGAGCCACAUCUCAUAUGACCAACUCCCAAGGUACUCUCUCGUCUUAUUAUCAAUCGAGCAAAAAUAAUGGCAUUGUUGUUGGUAAUGGUAGCAUGAUUCCAAUUCGUGAUUGCGGUCAUGCUUCCCUUCAAUGUACUGACUCAGAUAGUCUGGAACCAAAAGAUAUCAAGUUUACAGCACCAAGUUUGGAAUUUUCGAGUACAAGUCCUGGAACCAAGGAAGCUCCUCUUGUCACCUACAUUAAGCUCCACGAAUGCAACAAAUUUUCGAUAGGGAUCUUCUGUUUGCCACCUUCAGGGGUAAUUCCUCUUCAUAAUCAUCCUGGCAUGACUGUGUUCAGCAAGCUACUACUUGGAACCAUGCAUGCCAAGUCAUAUGAUUGGGUGCAGAAUCGCGACCAAUUUAACCAAUCUGGUCGGCAGGAGGAAUCUGGGAUGAGGCUGGCAGAGGUUCAUGUUGACGCAGAUUUCACUGCACCAUGCAAUGCUUCAGUUCUAUUUCCCGAUUCAGGAGGCAAUAUCCACUGCUUCAAGGCUCUAACACCUUGUAUUCUACUAGAUGUUUUAGGACCACCAUACUACAAAGCUGAAGGCCGUCAUUACUAUCAAGAUUACACUUAUGACACUUUUUCUGAUGUUAAAGAAUUGAAGCUGACGGAAGAUGGAACAAGAUAUGCAUGGCUUGAAGAAAGAAAUGAGCAGUUCGUGAUGUUAGGGGGAACAUAUGACGGUCCUACAAUUAAAGUAUAAAGACCCGAUCCUUAUAUAUGUAUAUAACUCUUCUAUCUAAUUAGAUUAGCCAAAAUACCAUGCACAACAAUUGGUCUGUUUUUUUUUUUUUU